AUGGCUACUGAUAGUGAAAUCAACGAGAACAAAAGGAGAAGAUUUAAUAGCCCUGAAUUUCAAAUCCCAAGAAAUUUCUCUUCUGAUCUCGAAGAAGAAGACGACAAUGAUUUCUUGGGCCUCUCACUGUCAUGUAUUUGCUCUACUGCAUCCGUACCCCACCCUCCUCCGUCGCCGCCGCCUCAACUACCGCCUCCGCUGGAUCUUUCAAGACUCUCCGACGAUUCAGAUCCUCUACUAACAUUAGAACUCUCACCCCCAUCGGACAACCGAGUUCCAUCACUUUCUGGUACUACUGUGACAUUCCCAUAUUAUCGCUAUCAAGGAAAUGGUGCCUCCCUUCAGCCAAACCGGCAGUCACUAUAUCUUCCGCCACCAUCCGCCGCCGAAAAUACCCAAUCCCACCACCCAGUUAUUAUAACUGGAGAAAAUCGUCCUACUUUGACAUUACCAUAUCGUUACUAUCAAGAGAAUGGUGUCUCACCCAUAUCCCACCCGCCGCCGCCAUCGUCACCGCCAGCGCGGCUGGAACUUUUGCCGCCCUCCGCCACCUCAGAUCAGCUAGUAUCGUUACAACUCUCCCCAUCCCACAACGUAACUGGGGGAAACCUAUCACAACCAUAUAGUUGCUAUCAAGAAGAUGUUGGUCCAAGUAAUGGUACUGUCAUACCCCGGCCACAUCGUGUUCGUCGAAACUCAGCACAGUCGCCGAGAGAAGGGAAGAGCGCCACCAUCCCAGUGCAGUUUCCAUGGUCCACGAGCUACCGCGCCACUGUUCACAGCCUAGCCUACUUGCGAUCCAAGCAAAUCGACACCAUUACGGACAAAGUACAGUGCAAGAGGUGCGAGGAAAAGUUCGAAAUAAGUUUCAAUUUACAUCAAAAAUUCAUGGAAGUCGGCACGUUCAUAGCCGAAAACAAAGCUUCCAUGCAUGACAGAGCCCCCGGA